CUUUAAUUCUGGUUAGAAGAAAAAAUUCCAAGAAAAAUUACUCAACCUAACAAAAUAUCCGCUUCAAUAUUAUUUGGUAAACCACUCAGCCUUUCCAAUACGCUAACGGUUCGCUGGCGAUGUUUGAAGAUCGUGAUUAACGGUUACUCAGACAGUAAGAAGAUAAGCUACCGCCAUAUGUCGUGUUAAAAUAUCGACCGUCUUAAUGCAAGUAAACAUAAAAAUGCGUAUACUUUAGUAUUUGAAAAAUGGUUUACAUGAAAAUUCUGGUUAUCUUUUUAGUAUCCUUAAUUCAGAUAAGUAGUCAAGAUGUUGACAAAACUGGUGGUAGAAGUAUUGUUCUCUCUAGAACGAAAAGGUUUUUAGUAUUCCCUGAAGGUAGUUCUCUGCAGCUUGUAUUUUGUCUUACCUACCCGAACAUUUCGCCAAUAGGUGAUAUUGUUUUAUGGGGCUAUACGUCUGCCUUGGCGUUUGAGCUCCCACAAGAUCCCUACUCUCCUUUUAACCACCGUGCAGAUCCACUUCAUAGGAGAGCUGACAACAAAGCCAUUUAUUAUACCGAUGAAAACGGAAAAGUGCUUCACAAAAGGCCUUAUGAAAGAAAGUUCAUAGUGAAUCCAGCGUUCGCGAAACGGAGCACGGACGAGCUUUCGUCGGCCUAUUUCAAAAAAGGAACGCGAGUAUCGUCCGAAAUAUACAGGAAGCAGAUGCACGCUUCUAAAAACAAACGGGAGUUUUUGAAAAGCGAACACAUGGACAGGCGCAGCAUCGAAUUUCACAGACUCAGCCGUGGCUCCCUUUACCAGAAAAUUGAGACAAUGCUCACAGGUCUCGGCGGAGAUGGUAGGCAAUGUCUGCUAAAGACGUUAUGCCUUGUAGGGCAGACUCGCGAUUGGCCCCAGGGAACCUUCCUCCAAGAGAUACUAAGAGCCGUAUUCACAUUUCCAAAGGGACACGACAAAGAUGACUUUACUGAGAAGUAUGACGAAGCUUUGAAUUCAUCCAUCUCCUGCGAAAAAGCAUAUCCCGAUUGUGCGACUACCUAUUCAGAACCUGUUUAAAGAAAAUAUAUUUAAUUUAAUCAAAUGUAAACAAAAGUACAAAUACAUAAGUGAAAUGACUGUAAUAUUAUUCGGAACUAAUAUUAGCU